GAAAACGCCCAUAUUCAUUGGUGUUCGAGUUUACUUACUCUUUAAAAUGAAACAAAAAUAAUUAUGAAAAAACACAACAGAGUCAGAUCCACCCUUUACAUUAUGUCAGAUCGGUAGCCAAUGAGAACGUCAAACGGAAUACAUGCAGGAUUUUAAACCAAUAAAAAUCGAGAGGGGGCGGGUGCUUUGUUGUUGUGGUUGACGGUUUACUUCCUGCUUUACCUUAUGGUGUGAAAAACUGCAGCAGUAAAAGGAGAGGAGAAACCUAAGACCUGGCAGUAAAGUAGGGACUUAACAAAGAAUUUCUCAUUGCUUUUUUUGUAAAGAUAAUUUAACUGUAGCCCGGCUGUAAAUACAAUGUGUCCUGUUGGAUUAGACCUUCAACAAACCCAGACAAAGUGGAGUUGAUAGAUUUUUCUGCUGUCAAAAGAAGAGAAAGCAGCGCUAAACCGUUGAAUUUCCACCCUGGACUGAAUCCUCUCUCCAAACAUGGUGCAUGUCUACAACUGCCAUCCUUUCGCCUCACAGCAUAUAGUACAGGUCGAGCAGGAGCCUGGACUGGUCUGCUGUGGAGGUGGAGUCUUGUUCGUGGUGGCUGCUGGAGGAUGCAAGGUGGAGGCCUACAGUGUGGAGCAAGAGGGCUGCCCUUUCAUCUGUCGCUUUGCCACCAUGGGCACUGUGAAGAGCAUCCAGCACAGCAAGAUUGGAGAUUACCUGGUGACCAUAGAGGAAAAGAACAGCGCCACCUACCUGAGAGCCUACACCAACUGGCGCCACCAGGCGGAGGGGAAGGCUCGUGUCGGGGUGCGUUUGUUGGGCCACUUGCUGCGUGGGGCGUCCGUGCAGGGCGGCGUGCAGAUGGAGAUCAUUGAGAUCCCUCUGUCCGAGCGUCCUGUUGCUAUGGCGUGUUGCUCAGUAACUGGAGACCUGCUGGUCGGUUGCGAGAACACUCUGGUUCUGUUUGCUUUGAGGAGACAGAACCAGCAGAGCCUGACUCAACAGAUCCCUCAGAGCACCUGUCCGAACUCUCAGCCGAAUUCCAGUCAGAAUCAAGGUCAGACCUUAAGUUUAAACCAAAAUGGCCUGGAUUUUGAACGCUCCGUUAUCCUGCAUCUUCAAAAAAUCAAACCUACAAAGGUGGCGCUGUGUGGAGGGUAUGUGGCGGUGCAUGCGGAGCUGGAGGUGCUGGUUCUUAAACUGGAUUCAUCCUGUGAACAGAAUACCAUGGACGAAUCAUCAGACACAAAGACAACAGAUCAUCUAGAAGACCAGGCUGACUUUCUGGUCCUACAGAGACACCAGGAGUUGCUCGGUGAUCGAGCUAAAGACUGUGACAUCCCUGUCAGCAUUGAAAAGACCGGUCUGGAGGACAGUACAGGGCUAUACACGCUGUCAUAUGUUCUCUUCAGGCGUUUUACUCCAGAAUUCUUCCAGGGCUGCAAUGUGGAGGAGACUCAACUCCACUCCCUACAGCUCUACCCGCUGUUCACCAGUAACCAGUCUGUGUCUCUGGAAGAACCAACGUGUGUGUUCUGCUUCUUCUCUCUCCCCACCGCCGGCUACCUGUACAGUCUGAAGGGUGGUGUUGAGCUUCUCUCAGCCUAUCAGUAUCCAGAGAAGGUCCUGAAGGCGGUGCUAACGGACCAUCUGUUGCACGUCAUAACAAAGAAUGCAUUGCAGUGUUUCACAGUGCGCUGUUCAGCAGUAGCAGCCAGGAUUAAAGACCCCUACAUUGAUACCACCAUCAAGGCCUGUCCACCCUGCAGCCUGGAGGUGUGCGCGCUCAGGAUGCAGCUGUUUAUCGGUCUGCGCUCAGUGUGUGUCUAUGGACGCCAUGUUAUCCUGCUCUCCACCGCCGAUAUAGAGACACCAGAAGAACCUGAACGCACCGCACAUCGCAGAGGCCUCGAGUUGAAAGAACACACCUUGCUGACUGGUAUUUUCCUGGCAGUGGGAAUCGAUCCCGCAACCACGCCGGCUCUGGAGAGCCUUCUAUCACGCCCCUUUCUGAGCAGGAAGUGGACAAUCUCUUCUCCCAAAGAAUCCAGCUCAGCAGGACACGGAUGGAACAUCUAUGUGGUCGACACCGUCCCCCCCCUCACGCUUUACCGAGAGAUGGUUGAAUACAGCCAGCGGUACAAAGAGACCAACCCGCAGGCCCAUAGCCUUCGGCACCUCCUCAGUGAAGCGCACCUCCUCCUCCGCGCCUCCUUACUCCACACACCAGAGCAGCAAGGAAACAUCGAGGGUUGUCCCGCCGUGUCUCAGCAGACAGACACGGAUGGACCAGCUGAGAAACAGACAGCUAAACAGAAAGACAUUCAGGAACUGGAGGAGGCACUGAGGCAGAACUGUGCACAGCUGGGAGACUGUUUUAGCAGGGGCAGUCAGAAGGACUGCCACCUGGCUCUGCCGUACUAUCGGAUGUCUGGUCUGUCAGUCACAGACAUCAUAGCCAGGAACCACCCGCUUCCCAGCAGCCCUCACUCCUACGGCCCCGGCUUCCUGUUCUACCUAAAGCAUUACCUGUUAGAAGAAACAGAGCAGAUUCUCAGUCAGGAAGCAGCUGAUGAGGUCUUAGACAUUUUCAGUCAAUCAGAGCCUUCACAGCUUGUCAGUGUGUGUGCCAGCCCGUCCAUGAUAAACAUCAGUCCUGCCCAGGCGCUGCAAGUCUUACAACAUCUGGAGGCCACAGCUGGCGUGUCGGUUCCUCUGACAAUCACCAUGGCAACCAUGAUGCUGCGUUUGUAUGACUUGCCACAGUACAGGGAGCUGAUGGAAAGACACGCGGAGAUGUUGCUGGUGUACGGGUUCAUUGAGGAGCCGAGGCUGUUGCUGCACGGCGGAGGUGGAGGCCAGCACGCACCCGUCCGUCCCACAUCGUUGACUCGCCAGUUGGCAAAGUCCCAACCAGGACUGCUAGUGGCCGCCAUGGUGGCUUUACAUGAAAACAACAAAGUCCAGCUGGAACAGGCUGGUCACAUAUUUAAGGAGCUGGGCUGUGAGAAUUGCUUACAGGUGGAUUUCUGGGAGGCGAUGCUCAUGGCCUCCUCGCAGGAAGCUGUCAUCCAGGAACUUCUGUUCCGACUGGCGUCCGUCUACAUCGACCGAUUGACAAACACAACGUCGGAUACACACCCCAACGAACCACGCGCACCUUCCAGACGCAGGUCGCUGAAGAGCGCAGACGAUCUGAUGAACUCAUGCUCCCAUUAUGGUGCUCUGUACCCGUGGCUCACUGUUCUCAAUCCAGCUCAAACUACCAGCUCCCAACACCAGGAGGCGUUAUACAAACUGCAGUCUCUCCUGUGUGGUCCGUCCCUGUCCGUGGGCUCUAUCGUGCCUCUGAUGGAGCGUCUCUCAGAGGAAUCCUUGUGGGGCUUCAGUCUGCACCUCCUCUGCACAACCAGAAGGGGGCAGUACGAGAGCAGCAUUGAAAAGCUGCUGGACCGAUGUCCUCAGGCCAUCAUAGCCUACGCCAACCACCAGUUACAAGACAAGUCAUUUCUACCUGAAAUUGGCCAGAAUGACAAUUUGACUCCCUUUGACUGCAAAAGAAUAUUGAGCGGAUUUGACAAACAUCUGGACAUCCUAACAAGGUCAGGAAACCAAACCAAAUUUCCACCGAAGACACUGUAACAAAGUUGGGUUCUG